ACCUCCGUCCGUGGCCUCUCCAAGGUGGCCCCCCUGUGGCUCCUUGGGGCUGUUGAAACCAAAGGUGGUUCCCGUCGCUGGGAAUCCCGGAGUUCCUUUUGUCUAUCAGCUGAAACUAGAGGCCGGAACUGUAGGCGAACACUCACCGGUCCUGAAGUCCUCUGCUCCUUAUCCCUUUCCUGCCUGGAAGGCACUCUGCCCCGCAGCCUUUUCUGCGGCCACAGUAGUAGAUUUCAUUCCUAACCCCCCUCCGAAACGUUCCCCCCUUCGGCUCAGAGGAAGGAAGGAGUCCCAUAGUACUUGUGUUCGGAUUUAUCAUUCAUAUACAGACUAACGCUUGCGAUCUGGAAAAGCAUUUUGUACAAAUUGAAAGAUUGGGCUUUCUCUUCAGUUUUCCAGAUGUAUUGUCUCAUCUGCAUACUUGAAACAUCCACAAUCACAUGAACUCCAGAUGUAACCAUGGAGUUUUGCGACCCAUCAAGAUAUAGGAAAAGUGUUGGCCAAGGUUCGGGACCAGGCAGUUUUCCAUCAGUUCAACAAUUAAUAUAAACUAUUAUAUUCUCUGCUGAUUAUCAGGAAUAAAGAGCCAAAUAAAGUCAUGCACAUUCUGUUGGCAGACGGACUAUGUGGCUGUUGAAUUUUACUGUAACUGGUUACUCUUGUCAUUCAAACUCAACUUAAUAUGCAAGUUACGUCCUAAUGGAUGUAAAGACCUGUGUUGAUGUACCCAGAUUCUAGCAAAUGUUGACGCUAAGAAACCUAUUAUGACUAAUCCUUGGGAAGAGAAAGUCUGCAAAAUGGCUCAAACGAGUUUACUGCAGGGGAAGCAGUUUUACUGUAGGGAGUGGGUUUUCCACAAGCUUCAGCAUUGCCUCCAGGAGAAAACUAACUGCUGCAACAGUGCUGUCAACACACCACCCCUUGUAAUGAAUUCUGGGAAUAAUGCUAGUGUUGUCUCUGGCAAAGGAGCUGCCUGGGGCGUGUUAUUGGUAGGAGGGCCUGGCAGUGGCAAGACAGCCUUAUGCACUGAGCUCUUGUGGCCAAGUUCACCUACAAGCUUGCAGAGAGGCUUACAUCGCCAGGCUUUGGCCUUUCAUUUCUGCAAAGCCCAGGACUCUGAUACUUUGUGUGUUGGAGGGUUUAUUAGAGGUCUGGUUGCCCAGAUCUGCCGCAGUGGACUUCUCCAAGGAUAUGAGGACAAGCUAAGGGAUCCAGCAGUUCAAAGCCUCCUACAGCCCGGGGAAUGUGAGAGAAACCCAGCUGAAGCAUUUAAAAGGUGUGUUCUGCUCCCUCUUUUGGGAAUGAAGCCUCCCCAGCAAAGCCUCUAUCUGCUUGUGGAUUCUGUGGAUGAAGGAUGUAAUGUUACCGAAGGUGAACAGACGUCUACCAGCUUAUCUGGGACUGUGGCAGAGCUUUUAGCUGGUCACCACGAGUUCUUUCCACCAUGGCUAUUACUUCUCUGUUCUGCCCGAAAACAGAGCAAAGCUGUUACUAAAAUGUUUACCGGUUUUCGAAAAAUAAGUUUAGAUGACCUUCGGAAGGCAUAUAUCGUUAAGGAUGUUCAGCAGUACAUUCUUCAUCGCUUAGAUCAAGAAGAAGCUUUGCGACAACACCUCACAAAAGAAACAGCAGAGAUGUUAAAUCAACUGCACAUUAAGAGCAGCGGAUGCUUUCUUUAUCUAGAACGAGUUCUCGAUGGAGUUGUAGAAAAUUUUAUUAUGUUAAGAGAGAUUCGUGACAUCCCAGGAACUCUAAAUGGUCUGUAUCUCUGGCUGUGUCAGAGACUUUUCGUAAGAAAACAGUUUGCAAAGGUUCAGCCUAUUUUGAAUGUGAUUCUUGCAGCCUGCCGACCUCUGACCAUAACGGAAUUAUAUCAUGCAGUAUGGACCAAAAGUAUGUCAUUAAGCUUGGAAGACUUUCAGCGCAAGUUAGAUGUCCUCUCCAAACUUCUUGUUGAUGGACUAGGAGAUACUAAAAUACUGUUUCACUAUAGUUUUGCAGAGUGGCUUCUGGAUGUGAAACACUGCACUCAGAAGUAUUUAUGCAAUGCAGCAGAAGGACACCGAAUGUUGGCUAUGAGUUAUACCUGUCAAGCCAAGAAUUUAACACCAUUGGAAGCACAAGAAUUUGCAUUGCACUUAAUUAAUUCAAACUUACAGUUAGAGACAGCUGAGUUAGCUCUGUGGAUGAUAUGGAAUGGUACACCUGUCAGAGACUCCCUGUCUACACUAAUACCCAAGGAGCAAGAAGUGCUACAGCUGUUGGUGAAAGCUGGUGCUCAUGUCAACAGUGAAGAUGAUCGCACAUCAUGCAUAGUCCGACAAGCCUUAGAAAGAGAGGAUUCCAUUCGGACAUUAUUAGAUAAUGGAGCAUCAGUAAAUCAGUGUGAUUCAAAUGGGAGAACAUUACUGGCUAAUGCUGCUUACAGUGGCAACCUUGAUGUAGUGAAUUUACUCGUCUCUAGGGGAGCAGAUUUAGAGAUAGAAGAUGCUCAUGGGCACACACCACUUACCCUAGCUGCUAGACAAGGACAUACCAAGGUGGUUAAUUGUUUGAUUGGUUGUGGAGCAAAUAUUAAUCAUACUGAUCAGGAUGGCUGGACAGCAUUAAGAUCCGCUGCUUGGGGUGGUCACACUGAGGUCGUUUCUGCACUACUUUAUGCUGGCGUCAAAGUGGAUUGUGCAGAUGCUGAUAGCCGAACAGCUUUGAGAGCAGCAGCCUGGGGAGGACAUGAGGAUAUUGUACUGAACUUGCUACAACAUGGUGCUGAAGUCAACAAAGCUGAUAAUGAAGGUCGAACUGCUUUGAUAGCAGCAGCCUACAUGGGACAUAGAGAGAUUGUGGAACACCUACUGGACCACGGAGCAGAAGUGAAUCACGAGGAUGUCGAUGGCAGGACCGCACUCUCUGUGGCUGCACUUUGUGUUCCUGCAAGUAAAGGACAUGCAUCGGUUGUUAGCCUUUUAAUCGAUCGAGGUGCUGAAGUGGAUCAUUGUGAUAAAGAUGGCAUGACUCCACUGCUCGUGGCUGCCUAUGAAGGACACGUCGAUGUAGUUGACUUGCUUCUAGAGGGGGGAGCAGAUGUCGACCACACAGAUAACAAUGGUCGUACACCCCUGUUAGCAGCAGCUUCUAUGGGUCAUGCUUCGGUUGUAAACACACUUCUGUUUUGGGGUGCAGCUGUGGACAGCAUUGACAGUGAAGGGAGGACAGUCCUCAGCAUAGCUUCAGCCCAAGGAAAUGUUGAAGUAGUACGUACUCUACUGGAUAGGGGGUUAGAUGAAAAUCACAGGGAUGAUGCUGGAUGGACACCUUUGCACAUGGCAGCUUUCGAAGGUCACAGAUUAAUAUGUGAAGCACUUAUUGAACAAGGUGCUAGAACAAAUGAAAUCGAUAAUGAUGGGCGGAUACCUUUCAUAUUAGCUUCGCAAGAGGGUCAUUAUGAUUGUGUUCAAGUAUUAUUGGAAAACAAAUCCAACAUUGAUCACAGAGGUUAUGAUGGAAGAAAUGCACUGCGGGUUGCUGCAUUAGAAGGACACAGGGACAUUGUUGAAUUACUUUUUAGCCACGGAGCUGAUGUGAACUACAAAGAUGCUGAUGGUAGGCCUACACUUUAUAUUUUGGCCUUAGAAAACCAACUUACAAUGGCUGAAUAUUUUUUAGAAAAUGGUGCAAAUGUAGAAGCAAGUGAUGCUGAAGGAAGGACAGCACUUCAUGUUUCCUGCUGGCAAGGCCAUUUGGAAAUGGUGCAGGUUCUGAUCACCUACCAUGCUGACGUCAACGCUGCAGACAAUGAAAAGCGCUCUGCUCUGCAGUCUGCAGCCUGGCAGGGCCAUGUAAAAGUGGUGCAGCUUCUGAUCGAGCAUGGCGCCAUGGUGGACCAUACCUGUAAUCAAGGUGCAACUGCGCUCUGCAUUGCGGCCCAGGAAGGGCACAUUGAUGUUGUGCAGGUUUUAUUAGAGCACGGUGCUGAUCCAAACCAUGCCGAUCAAUUUGGACGCACUGCUAUGCGUGUUGCAGCCAAAAAUGGACAUUCUCAAAUAAUUAAAUUAUUAGAAAAAUAUGGUGCAUCCAGUUUGAAUGGCUGUUCUCCAUCCCCUGUCCACACAAUGGAGCAAAAGCCUCUACAGUCAGUGUCUUCAAAAAUGCAGUCAUUAACAAUUAAAUCAAAUAGCUCUGGCAGUACUGGUGGAGGGGACGUGCAGCCUUCGCUGCGCGGGUUACCGAAUGGGCCAGCUCACGCAUUCAGUUCUCCUUCAGAAUCGCCGGACUCGACAGUUGAUCGGCAGAAGUCGUCAUUGUCAAAUAAUUCCCUGAAAAGCUCAAAAAAUUCAUCUUUGAGAACUACUUCAUCUACAGCAACGGCUCAAACAGUGCCAAUUGACAGCUUUCACAGCUUGUCAUUUACAGAACAAAUUCAGCAGCAUUCGUUGCCGCGCAGUAGAAGUCGACAGUCAAUUGUUUCCCCGUCUUCCACAACACAGUCCUUGGGACAAAGCCAUCAUUCACCGAGCAGUGAGUUUGAGUGGAGUCAAGUAAAGCCCAGUUUGAAGUCAACUAAAACAAAUAAAGGGGGGAAAUCAGAAAAUGCCAGCAAAUCUGGGUCAGCUGGGAAAAAAGCUAAACAAAAUAAUUCUUCACAACCAAAGGUUCUAGAAUAUGAAAUGACUCAGUUUGAUAAAAGAGGACCUACAGCCAAAUCUGGGACUAGUGCACCAUCUAAACAGAUGCCAGCAGAAUCGCAGUGCAAAAUUAUACCUUCAGCUCAGCAAGAAAUCGGUCGAUCGCAACAGCAGUUUCUUAUUCACCAACAAAGUGGGGAACAGAAGAAGAGAAACGGAAUAAUGACAAAUCCAAAUUAUCAUCUUCAGAGCAACCAGGUUUUUCUUGGUAGGGUUUCAGUCCCACGAACAGUACAGGAUAGAGGGCAUCAGGAAGUGCUGGAAGGAUAUCCUUCCUCAGAGACGGAAUUAAGCCUUAAACAAGCCCUGAAGCUUCAGAUUGAGGGUUCUGACCCAAGCUUCAACUAUAAAAAGGAAACACCAUUAUAAAAGGUAACAUUUCAUCAACAUAAAGAAUAAAUGUCCAAAGUGUAGUUCCCUCUACUUAGAAUACUCUUCCCUAAUCCACACGGCCAGUUCCCCCACCUCAUCACUAUUCCUGUUGUCUUCUCAGCAAGACCCUCCCUUGUCACUCUUUGGAAUUUGAAUUCUCCCACCUCCAGCACUCCCUUUCCCCCUUUCCUGCUUUACAUUAGACACAGUACUUACUAUUUAACAUGCUUUAUAUAUUUUAUUUAUUAUUAUGUUUAUUAUUUGUCUCCUCUCUACUGAAAUGUAAGCUU